AUGGGUGACAUUCUCGAACAGGCGGCGCCGCCGCACAGUCUUUUCGACACGAUCCUGGUUCUCGACUUUGGUAGUCAGACCAGUCAUUUGAUCCUUCGUCGUCUCCGAAGCUUCAACGUCUACGCGGAGAUGCUCCCCUGCAACACGAAGCUUGCCGACUUGCCUUUUAAGCCUGUCGGAAUCAUUUUUUCAGGCGGACCGGCUUCCGUUUACGAUGAAGGCAGCCCGCACGUUGAUCCCGCUGUCUUCGACCUCGGAGUACCCAUCCUCGGAAUCUGCUACGGAUGCCAGGAGAUUGCCUGGAUCAGCAACCCUGAGAAUGUCAAGCGCGGAGAUGUCAGAGAGUACGGUCUUGGGACUCUCAACAUCCAGAAGGUCGGCGGCGCCAACCAUAUCGAUCUUCUUCUCUCCGACCUGGGUGGAGACACCACUGAGGUGAUCAACUCUCACUUUGACAAGCUUGUCAAGCUCCCCGAAGGAUUCGUCACAAUCGGAACUACGCGCAACAGCCCCUACGCCGCCAUUGCCCACCAGACUAAGAAGAUCUUUGGACUUCAGUUCCAUCCCGAAAUCAGCCACUCCGUCCGUGGAACUGAUAUUCUCAAGAACUACGCUGUAAAGAUCUGUGGUGCUCGUCCUGAUUGGAAGAUGGCGGAGUUCAAGGAAACUGAGAUUGCCCGAAUUCGCAAGCUGGUUGGGGACCGCGCCCAGGUCAUCGGUGCCGUGUCCGGCGGUGUCGACUCCACAGUCGCCGCCCGUUUGAUGACGGAGGCCAUCGGCGACCGUUUCCAUGCCAUUCUCGUCGACAAUGGUGUCAUGAGACUGAACGAGUGCACCGAGGUUAAGGCGACGCUGAAGGAGCACCUCGGGAUCAACCUGACCGUUGUGGAUGGAGCUGAUCUGUUCUUGGGCCGACUCAAGGGUGUUACUGAGCCUGAGAGGAAGCGAAAGGUAUGUUUCAAUGUCUUCGUUAUCAUGUUGAGACCAUUGACUAACUUGAGAAGAUCAUUGGAGGCGAAGACCUUCAUCGACCUGUUCGAGAAGGAGGCCAUCAGAAUUGAGGAGGAAGCCAAGCACACCGAGAACGCCGGGCCUGUCAAGUGGUUCCUUCAGGGCACCCUGUAUACCGACGUUAUCGAAAGUCUUAGCUUCAGAGGCCCAUCUCAUACCAUCAAGAGCCAUCACAAUGUCGGCGGUCUGCCAAAGCGCAUGACUGAGGGUCAAGGACUUCAGCUUCUGGAGCCGCUCAGGGAGAUGUUCAAAGAUGAGGUUCGCGCCAUUGGUCAGAGUCUAGGCAUCCACCGCGACUUGGUAAUGAGACAUCCUUUCCCUGGACCGGGUCUGGCCAUCCGAGUCUUGGGUGAAGUCACUCCCGAGCGCGUAGAGAUCUGCAGGAAGGCCGAUCAUAUCUUCAUUUCCAUGAUCAAGGAAGCUGGCGUUUACGACUCUAUGUCUCAGGCUUAUGCCGCCGUGGAUUCGACCAAGAGUGUGGGAGUGCAAGGCGACGCCAGAGUCUAUGGCUACAUCGUCAUUCUGCGAGCCGUCUGCUCCGAUGACUUCAUGAGCGCGGAGCCCUACGAGUUCGACUGGAAGUUGCUUCGUGAGAUUUCCAGGCGCAUCGUCAACGAGGUCGACGGCGUUUCCAGAGUGACCUACGAUACUACCUCCAAGCCUCCUGGCACUAUCGAGAUGGAGUAA